CCCCCGUGGACGGGUGGCUGGGCGGCGGGAGCGGGGUCCACGGCGCAGGAUGGAGAGUCCGGCGGUGACCUUCACCUUGGCUUACCUGGUAUUCGCCGUCUGCUUCGUCUUCCCUCCCGACGAGGUGCGCUCGGCCGGCCUGACGGUGCAGAGCCUGCUGGCCGCCUGGCUGGGCAGCGAGGACGCGGCCUUCGUGCAGUACCACCUGCGGCGCAGCACCGGCACGCUGCUGGCGCACUCCCUGCUGCCCCUCGGUUAUUACCUUGGUAUGUGCUUUGCUGCACCUGAGAAACACCUUUGCUUCUUCUACCUGGCCUCAAAAGAAUGGAAAAUUUUCUUCUUCUUUGCUGUUCUCCUUCCAGCAGUCAGUAGCACCCUGGCGUAUUACUGGUCACGGAAAGGUUGGAAUAACCACCCGUUGGCCCGGACACUCGCUGUUUAUGCUCUGCCACAGUCAGGUUGGAGGGCAGUGGCUUCUUCCAUCAAUACAGAAUUUAGGAGAAUUGACAAAUUUGCCACCGGAGCCCCAGGAGCGAGGGUGAUUGUUACAGACACAUGGGUGAUCAAGGUAACCACCUACUGCCUACAUGUCGCCCAGCAGCAGGACAUUCAUUUGACUGUGACAGACUCCAGACAGCACGAACUCACACCGGACUCAAACAUGCCCGUGCAGUUCCUCACCAUCCGUGUUGCCAGUGUUAAUCCCUAUGUGAAGGCAUUUGAUAUCCGGCUGAACUCCACAGAGUAUGGGGAGCUCCGAGAGAAGCUACGUGCUCCCAUCAGUAAUGCAGCUAAUGUUGUGAUCCACCAAAGCCUUAGUGAUUUAUUUCUAGAAACCUUUACAUCUCUAGUGGAAAUGAACCAGACGUAUUCUGUUCCAAGCACUCAGGAGCUGGAGCCAUGCAUAGGAUGCAUGCAGACUAUUGCAAACAUCAAGCUCAUCAAGAACUGCCAAGAGCCAAAUGAAGGGGAAUGUCAGCAAUGCUACUGUCGUCCAAUGUGGUGCCUCACCUGCAUGGGCAAAUGGUUUGCCAGCCGACAGGACCAGCAGCACCCAGAGACAUGGCUGUCAAGCCACGUGCCUUGUCCAACUUGCAGAGCCAAAUUUUGCAUUUUAGAUGUUUGCAUAAUACGAUGAAUAACAUUUGGGUAUGUUCUAACUUUUUAAAUUUGUAUUUCAUCGUGGUUUUGGUCAAAAGGCCCAUUAGCAUUGUUUCUUAGACUUUGCAUUACACAGGAGUGCAAGCUCCAGAGCUCUGUUUUACAGCAUUGAAAAUGGAUGUACAUUUGCUCAGUUUUUCUCAAUUUUUACCUUUUGUCUUUGGUUUUUACACAUCAGAUGUCAGUUUCUGAAAAAUGUUGCUUGAAACGUUUAGUAAAAUUUUGCUUUCUAUGUCUUGGAUGGUAUAAAAUCAUCCUAUCCAUGUUUGCAAUACUAUUCUCUUUUAACCUAGGUAUUUCUGACUCUUUCAUAAAGGGCUGAGAAAAUUACUUUGGUUAUAGUUCACUGAUACUUUUGUUUAUUCUUUAAUCCAUCUGCAAAGUUCUUAUUCAUCUUUGCAAGUGUACACCAAACAAGAAUACCAGUUGUUCUCCUUCUGCUGGUCCCCUCCAUUUAUAAAGGAGAUUGGUUUCUGUAGACAAAGGAAUUGAAUUCCUGAAGUUACAUAAUUUCCACAGGGACCUUUUAUUCCAUUUAUCUGCCUUCAGUUUAUUUUUUGAUGGACUUUUUUAUUUCAAACAGAAGGAUUUAGAACUAUAUCCUGCUUACUUGCACUGCUAUUGCUGUGCAGUAUUAAAUCUAUAGAGCUGCAUUGCUUAAGGUUUUAGAGUUUUCUAGGUGAUGGCUUUUUUCCUAUAUUUCAAAUAUCCGAAUUAUCUGAAUUACCCGAAAGAAUGCUCGACUACUUCAAAGACUUUACUUUUUGUUGUUGUUGUUAAUUUUUUUCUCCUGAAGGACUGCCUUUUCUCUGAAAUAGAUGUCAGGAUCACAGAGAUUGAAGUUGCUGUGCUAGGCACCCGAGAAUGGCCAAUCAUCAUUUCCCUAAUGAAAAUUUUUCAGGCUUGCACUUCAAAGCCUGAUCAUAAGGAACAGACAUUGUUUUAGCAUUUGUAGGGUACCAGUGCAUACUUCCAGAUGCAGUGUGCAUCCAAAUAAUUUGUAAAUUCAAAUCAAAGCAUUUUCUAUAAGGAGCCAUUCUCCUGGACCCAAAUGCAGUGCUUACCAUUUCAUCUGUCCAUCAGACACUUCAAUAAAUAGUUACUUGGCACGCUUCUUGGUGAAAAGCUUCAAGCUGCUGGAGAAUGUGUGGGUUCUUGCAUUGCUUUACGCACUGCAGUGGCUGAGAAGCAAAUGUUUGCUUACCCAGGUGGUUUUCCUUACGGUGCAGUAACUUCCAGAAACAAGUGGGCCAGGUGAUGAGAAAGGUGUAUUUUAAUGCUUUGGUCCAGGAGAAUGAAAGCCCUGAUACUUCCCAUAAUCAGAAGGAUCUUAAUUGUAAAUCAAAAGCACAAGUGACAUGGCAGUGCUUAACUGGCACCUCUAGACUGCCUUGAGAAGAAAGACUGCUUUGAGCAGAAAUUGCUGGCAACAUUUUUUAACCUUUAGAAGAAUCCUGCAGGGCCAGGUGGGGUUGUCUGCUAUGCACCUUCUCACUAUACACCAGACUUUACAAAAAAUGUUUACUUAUGGUAAGUUUGCAUAAUAAAGGAUGUGGUAAUUCAAAUAGUUGUAGAAGGGAAUGCAUAAUUUUGGACUUUGUCACUGACAGUCAUUCAACUUGUACAUCUCUUUUUCAGUUUGGAAUAAAAAUAUUUUAAAGAUCUAUGAAGAUCAUAAAAACCUUGAGACUUUUGGAUUAUAGCACAUGUAAUUGCAAAUAUUCUUAUUAAAAAAAAAAGAGUCGAUUGCCCAUAAUAUUGCAUGGAGUAAAAGCUUUAGAUUCCCAAUUGCUCGUGCAGUACAGUUUUUCUUUAGGGAAAUCUAUCAUCUUUGAAUUGAAGUUUCUAUUUCAGUGGAACUUUGCUUUUACCCAUCUUAU